GUUCCUCCUAUCGCUGUGCCAGCGCCGGCGCUUGGUGGAUCUGGGUACACGAGUUCUAGGCCAAAGUUGGAUAUGCCUUAGCCCUGGGAACCCGCUGAGCAAAGUCCUGUUAUCAUCAGUGAAACAAAGCGCCUUCGCGCACUUCUGCGGAGGUGAAAGCCUCGAGGAUUGUGUUGCGACCGGGAAGCAGCUUGAAGCACACGCAGGAGUGAAAUGUAUUGUGGAUUGGGGCGUAGAGGAGAGCAGUGAUGCCAAAUUUUGGGAUAGCAACACCGAGCGCAAGGUGAAAACCCUUCAUCGCGCCAAAGAGGUGCUUGGAAGCAAUGCAGCCUUCAUGCCCAUCAAGCUCACGUCCCUCCUGUCCCCAGCGUUACUCGAGCGCAUCACACUGGAGGUGAAUCACGACCCAAACGCAGAGCGUGGCAUGGGAUGGCAGGCCUGGCAGGAUGAACCCGAAGCCGCCGAUGCCCUACAGCGCUUGCGGUGCCUUUGUGAGGCUGCGAAAAGUUUGGCCAUCCCACUGCUGUUGGACGCGGAGCAAUCGGAUCGACAAGCUGCGGUUCACCUUUUGGCGCGUCACUUGCAAGCUGAAUUCAAUGUCCAGGAACCCAUCGUGUAUGAUACCAUCCAAAUGUACCUCAAAGCCUCUCCCCAAAGAUUGGAAGAGGCUUUGGACUCUGCUGAGCGACAUGGCUACAUCUAUGCCAUCAAGUUGGUACGAGGAGCGUACAUCGACCAGGAAAGAUCUCGUGGAAGCAUCCACAGUUGCAAGGAGCACACGGACGAUGCCUUCGAAGCCGCCACGAAACGCUUGCUACAAGCGGCCAGUCAAAGGCCAAGGGUGGCCCUAAUGUUGGCGACCCACAAUCGAGCGUCACUUUGGAAUGCAGUCAAGGAGAUGGAUCGACUAGGCCUUGCUCGUGAUGAUCCCAGGAUACACUUCGCACAGAUCCUGGGCAUGGUGGAUAACCUUACCUGGGCCCUGGGCCUAGCUGGCUACAAUGCAUCCAAAUUGCUGGUCUUUGGACAGGUUCAUGAGGUCUUACCCUGGUUGCUGCGUCGCGCGCGAGAGAAUCGCGAUGCCUUCGGCGCGCAGGUUCUGGGAUAA